CUUGACAUAUAUAAUGUUUUGAAAUGAGAAGGUUUAUGUAACAAUCUUUGCCACAUUCCUGGUUUUGCUGGUGAAGUGAGGGUGUGAGACUGUGCUGGAGAAAGAGUGAGGAUGUAGUGUUAAAUAUAAACUAUACAGUUAACAGUGUUGUGCAAGUUCACACCUCUCAUGAACUAGUUCAAAGUUCAGUUCACACAAGUAAAUAUGAAUAGUUCACGUUCAUAGUUCACCAUUUAAAUUCUGAACUAGUUCAUAGUUCAGUUCAUUUCAUAGUUUAAGGUGGAAAGUGAGCCAUUUUUUGUAAGAGACCAGAGCUGUUGUGUUGCAGGUAUGGCCUGCCCCUUUAAGGAAAGUUUGUAGUGUGUGACGUAGUGCACCUGGGUAUUGUGGGAAGACACCCUAAAACUGUGUUUAGAACGAGAAGUGACGGAGCACCUAGAGGUGAUGCGAGUGUUGCUCCUGCUGUAUAUCCGAGAAAUAAAGUGGCCGCAUUCCAAGUAAAGAAACAUCUCCUCCUCCUUCUUCACGGAGUGGUCCGGACAGCGAGCCAAGAUAACCCGUGAGCCGAGCUCCAGACUACGGCUCGGAGCCGAGACACUGGCCAAAGAAGAAAACACUUGGAAUACGUUGCUUGUUUGGUGUGCAUGUGUGUGUGCGAUGAAUCAUGGGUAACGUAGUGCGAAGUCGAGUUACUUGGUUCAGGUUAGGCUACAUCACGGACAUUUCACGGGCACUGAGCAACGACAUGGUGCAAGCAUUCGAUUUAGACAGCGUCUCUCCACAGGAGAAGGAAGACAUUCCGUAACGUUUUAGCUAGAACUCAGAUAAUAUUGUAACGGACUGGUAGUUAGGUUCAUGUUCUGUUUGACUGCUAUGUGUUUGUUAUGACUUAUGUUCAGCGAACUACACCAUGUCAAUAAGUAUUGGGAUUUCCAGAGGUUCAGUGAACCAGUCGGGGUGAGGCAAGUGACAGUUCUAGACCAAUGGCUGGAGAGUUAUCUGGCAUGACAGGCUCUCAUUGGCUGAUGAGUUGGUAUGUCAAGGGUGAACGAGGAAGGGGAGUGAAGAACACAGUAGUGGGUGACAGGAGUGUCGGAGUUACAACAAGAAGUGUGUCGUGUUCGCUGGACUUUAAUAAAGUUACACAUAAAGAGAGAAGUUUCCUGUCGUCUAUAAGCGAGGACGCUGAAAUAUGAACGUGUUCACCGUUCAAAUUCAUUAUUUGUCAUUGAGUUGCGUUCAGUUCACCGUUUUCACAAAAGUGAACGUGUUCAAUGAACGCGUUCUUUUGCGUUCGUUCAUGCACAACACUGACAGUUAAUGGUUCACAGUUGGACAGGGGUCGUGAAACAUGGAAAUGUUGAAACAUUUACAAAUAUAAAUCGAUUCAGAGCUGCUGCUUGUUCUUGUAAAAGAGCGACUCAAGGAAAAUCCGAACAGGCAGCAUCCUUUAUCAAGACGAUGAUUUCGAUGGUAGACUGUCCUCUGGUUCCGUUACUGUAUUUUCUGUGUCAGGUUCGUUGGAGGAAGAAGAAGAAGAGACGAACUUUCAUCAUAUCAGGAUGUUUGUUUUCAUCUGGGCGACUCUGCUUUUCUCUCUGAGAGUCAGUGAUGCUGAGACAGGUUCUUCAGUGUGGGGGAAACAAAGUUGUCCGUUGACAGAUUACUGUAUCACUCUAGUUGAAGGAGAAAUAACAGCGGAGGCCGGACUCUGUGUCGUGAUACCAUGCUCCUUCACUGUUCCUGAGGAUAUCAAAGUCUUACAUAUAGUUUGGUUUAAAUGUGAAUCGACUGAAGGGAACUGUGGUGAUGGAGACAUGAUUUUCAACAGUAACACCUUCAGCGAUCAGGUUCGGUCGGAGUUUAAAGGACGAGUGUCACUGCUGGAGUCUGAUGUGAGCAAGAAAAACUGCAGCAUCAUCAUCAAUGACCUGAAGGAGUCGGACUCUGGAGAAUAUAAACACAGAGUUGAAGCUUUACCGGUGGCAGGUUCAGGAACAUUCUCCCAAACAGCAAAUGUCUCUGUUCAAGGUCUGAGUCAGAGGCCCACAGUGAUGAUUCCACCUCUGACAGAAGGACAGCUGACCACACUGACCUGCACUGCUCCUGGUCUCUGCUCUGGAUCUGAACCUGCAUUCAACUGGAGGUGGCGAGGAAGAGGAGAGAGCGACGCUGACCUCACAGGAAACAUCACGGCCAUCGAAACUGAGAACGUGACUGAGUUCGCUAAGAGACGCAGCUCGACUCUGUUCUUCUCCCCUUCAGCUGAACAUCAUGGCACCAACAUCACCUGCACGGUCCUCUUCCAAGGACACGUGAGCACAGAGGAGACGGCGACUCUGAGUGUGAGCUACCCGCCCACUGAACCUAUAUUGUCUAUGAGGUCUGAGGUCACAGAAGGUCAGACCAUCACCGUCAGCUGCACUGUUGAAAGUUUCCCACAGUCAACUCUCACCUUGAUGAGGAUCGACAGAAAUAAUCAGCCUUUAAAAAUCACCGGAAAUAAUCUUUAUUCACGACCCAUCAACUCUCUCUCCCACAAGUUUACUGUGACUUCAGUCGACGCUGGCUGGUACUUCUGCCGUGCCCAGAACACUGAGGGCUCAAAGGACAGCGAGCAGCAGGAGUUGUUGGUGAAAUGGACUUUCUGCAGAAAGGAUCAACACAGGGUCACAAGGAUCUCAGAGUGAAGAUGGAGAAAAGUCAAAUGCAAGGAUCUUAUAUAGGAGAACAAGGAUGUUUGCCUGAGCCAGUUCAGACUGGUUCUGUAGGCAUAGUUUAAGACAGGUACUAAAGCACAGGAAUAAAUGAUUUGAAUACAUUUCCAUUGGGUUCUUUGGACAGUCAAUAAGUAAUGGAAAGGACAAACUGGUUUCAGGUCAUAAACAUUUCAGGUCUUAAACAGGUAGUCAAGAAGUUACUCUUCAACUAUUAAAUAGGUUUCAACCACACUAACUCAUUUUCCAAUACACAUGCAAUGUAUUGUUUUCAAAGGUUUGCAUGUUAUUGUUCUCCAUUGUGUAAAUUAGUCCACUACCUACAAAUCUAAGAUGACAUCAACCACUGAUGAAAUAAAAAAAACAAUAUUAAGCAUGGACAUUGUAUAUUAUAAAGACCAUUAUAUUGGACAGUGGUUAAAUCUGACAGUUCUCUGUUUUCUAUAUCUUUGGUUACUGCAGACAGUCCCAAACAUGUGACAGUUCAAGCCAAUCCUGGUCUUGAUGUGAAUGAAAAUGUGUCGUUGACACUGAGCUGUUCUGCUGAGUCCAACCCACCAGUGAGCUCUGUCACCUGGAGGAAGACGACUGAUGGGAGAGAGGAAAUCAUCCAACAGACUCAGACUCAGACCUUCAGGGUGAAUUCAGCCAGUCCCUCUGACAGUGGACUGUACAGCUGUGAAGCCACCAAUGACAUUGGAAGUGGAAAGUCACAGCCAGCUGAGGUUAAAGUCAGAUGUGAGUAGAAUGAUGCACUUGUGAUGGUGAAUGGAUAAACAAGGAGGAUAUAUUCUACAUUACUGAGUAUAAAGUAAAUACUGAUCAGACGUGCUUGUUCUAAAAACAAGAAAACAUUACUCCACAAAGUCAAAAACAUGACAGGGUGCUUUUAACUAUGGUGUUAAUUAAUUAAGUCAUUAAAC